AUGAAACUAGAAAUCAAGACCACAAAAAUUGAGACGAGCGUGAAGGAUCGGCUUUCAGACAGUAGUUUUGCGCCAUUGUUAAUGUCCGGGCUUGGGAAUCCACUUGAGGUGGUUGGCCCGAGUCCAAAACCGGGACUUGCGGUUGAGCCCGGGAUUGUGGUGCCGCCCAUGUUUGGACUUCCUCCGGUGGCCGGAGUUCCUCCGGUGGGCGGAGUUCCAAAGGUUGGAGUCCCGCCGGAGAUCGGUGUUCCGGUGGUCGGAGUUCCACCGGAAACCGGAGUUCCGGUGGCCGGAGUUCCCCCGGCGGUUGGUGUGCCGAUGGUUGGAGUUCCUCCGGUGCUACACGAUUUUCCAACAACAAUUAGGUGGUCAGUAUCAAAUUCACCUGUGAAAGGAAACAAAAAUGAUGGAUAA